AAUUAAUUCGUUUAAUAUGCAUAUGUAAACAAAACUGGGGAAUAAUCAUUAAGCAAGCGUAUUAAGUUAUUUAUCGGCCUACAAAACGGGCACCCACACGAUAAAAAUCAGUAAAAGAAUGAGCAAAGUCUCUCAAAGAAUACCAACCAUUCUUGACAGAUGUUUAUCUAAGCAGGGGUAGUUAAAAAUCAACAUGGAGUUCUCAGUUAAGAAAUAACAUUUUAUUUGUUAAUAAUUUAAACAUGAAUAAGUUUUGUUUGUUGCUUAAAUAAGUUUAUUUAAAAUGACAACUAAAAGUGAAUUGAAAAAGUUAUCAGAAGAGAGUUUAACUCGUCAACCUGAAGAAGUUUUCGAUACAAUAUGUAAACUGGGCGAAGGAUCCUAUGGCAGUGUUUUUAAGGCCUUACACAAAGAAUCAGGGCAAGUGUUGGCAAUCAAGCAAGUGCCUGUCGACACAGACCUACAAGAAAUCAUCAAGGAAAUAUCAAUCAUGCAACAAUGUGACAGCCCCUAUGUCGUUAAAUAUUACGGAAGUUACUUUAAAAACACUGACCUAUGGAUUGUUAUGGAAUACUGUGGUGCUGGCUCAGUAUCAGACAUAAUGAGAUUACGUAAAAAGACUUUAACCGAAGAUGAAAUAGCAACUAUUUUAUCUGACACCCUAAAAGGACUGGAGUAUCUUCAUUUACGAAGAAAAAUUCAUAGGGACAUAAAGGCAGGAAAUAUACUGCUCAACUCCGAGGGGCACGCGAAAUUGGCGGACUUUGGGGUUGCCGGACAAUUAACCGACACUAUGGCCAAAAGAAAUACUGUGAUUGGAACUCCAUUUUGGAUGGCACCUGAGGUUAUCCAAGAAAUUGGUUAUGACUGCGUGGCGGACAUUUGGAGCCUCGGUAUAACCGCUUUAGAAAUGGCUGAGGGUAAACCGCCUUACGGCGACAUUCACCCGAUGAGAGCCAUAUUUAUGAUUCCCACUAAACCACCCCCUUCGUUCAGGGAAUUGGACAGGUGGAGUCCGGAAUUCAUAGACUUUGUGAGCGUGUGUCUUGUCAAAAAUCCCGAAGAAAGGGCCACCGCUACCGAUUUGCUGAAUCACGAGUUUGUAGUGAACGCGAAAUCUUCCACUGUACUAAGUGCAAUGAUACAAGAUGCACAUGACAUUAGAGAAAACCAAAGUUACAGAAGUAUCAAUAUACCCGGGUUGAAACAAAAUAUAGUUGAAGAAUCAGAUGAUGAUGUUGGUUUAGGUCAUAACACCAUGGUGCAAUGUGAUGAUGGUACCCUAGUACCCGGUAAAGAUAACACAUUGGUCCCUAUGUCGCCAAGUGGGACUCUAAUCGAGUUGGAGUCCUCAUUGGGCACCAUGGUUAUAAACAGCGAUGUUGAUGAUCAAACUAUGAAAAGGCAUGACACUGACUCAACAAACGGCGGUAAAAAGUACAGGCCAAUGUUCCUAGAUCAUUUUGACAAGAAGGAGGCGGAAAUCAAGGGUAACGGUGUAUCUAGUCCUACAAGCAUAGAGAACGAAGUAAACAACGAGGAAAAGCGUUAUCAAAGCCAUUUGCAGUUGCAAUUGAACCAGGCUGUGCCACAAGCUCCCGCACCUCCCGUGCAAGAAGUAAAACCUAGGUCGCAGUUUUCCGAGAGCGAUUUUGAAUUUUUAAAGUAUUUGACGUUGGAUGAAUUGCAGUCGAGAAUGAACACGUUGGAUUUGGAUAUGGAACGGGAAAUCGAAGAACUGAAAAAACGAUAUCAGCUGAAGAAGCAACCGAUUUUAGAUGCAAUGGAUACCAAACGUAAACGAUCGCAAAACUUCUGAAUUUAACGUUUUUGAUUAGAUUCAAAUUGCAAUUUAUGGUGCUCAAAAAGAAUUUCGUUUUGUUUUUAAUUACUUGCCAUCUAUUUCAACUAAUUUAACCCACUAUUUUAACCAUAAGAUAAUCAUACCUUUUUGAGCUACAUAUUCCCAAUUAAUUGUACUUAAAAAUAAUGGGAUAUACCUAGUUUGUUCUUAUAGCAACUGUGACCUGGUUCUAAAAUUUCUUAAUAGGAAAUAGCCAAUAUAUUGAAAAACAAGUGAUAUUCGAAAUAAAUUUUUCAUAUUUUUAUAGGGAGCAAAUCUCAUGUGAUUAUUUUGCAGAACUUCUAUAUUAAAAAUUAUUAAAACGCAAGUAACAUGUUUUAUUCUUGUAAUGUUUUACAUUUAAUAAAUAGUUAAUCACUAUAGAUAAACUGAUCAUCAUGCACACCCGGUAAUGUUAACAGUUUAUAAAAACAAAAUUUACAUAUUGCAAUAGAAUUAAAAUACACCAAGUGAUAGUUUGAUAAUAAAAUUUAAGAGUAAUCAAUUUUUUUAGAUACUCAAGCAGAUACAGUAUUUUUAACAUCUCUAGCUUGAUAACCAGUCAUUUUUUUUAUUUGUAAAUAUUAUUUACAUAGAUAAUAACCUGUACAAUAAGUACGCUUGCUGUGCCUUUUGUAGAAACUAGAAUAGACUUAAAAUAGAACUGUAAUCAUAUUUUUUGAUCCCAAAUAAAAUAUAUCAAUUAAUA